CUUUGUCGCUAUUGUGGCCCUAUCGGGCCACAUAAGUCACGUGUGUUUUCGCGCCUAUAUAAUGACGUCAUGAUGACGAAACACGCGUCUCUUUGGCUCAGCCAAUAGAGGAGAAUCUCGUCAUCAUAAUUCGACCAAUCACAGACCACCAGCCUGGCCGGGCUACAAGCGACGCUUCCACAAAGCCGGCAGUGUUCUGCAGACCUCCCUGGUCUUCACAAGUGGACCCAGUUGCUCCUACUCUCGCCGCCCUCACGCCCAAAAUAAUGAACAUUCCUAGCUCUGGUUUUUAUCGGAAGGCCACCGACCCUAGGAGAUGGGUUGCUCCUCCUGUAGCGGAAGAUAGUGAUUUGGAGGUAGAGGCUGAGAGUGAUGUGGAUGAUAGUGACCUGGACCCUGAUUAUGUUGUAGAGGAAAACAUGACACCUACAACUUCAGGACAUGUGACUAGGAUCAGGCCUGAAGAAAUGCCUCUUGAUGAUGAUGCAGGUGAGGAUGAUGAGGAUGAGACGGUCUCGGGGGACACUCCACCACCCACCAAGAAGGUGAAGAAGGCCAAGGACCAGCCAUCAAGGGUAUGGAAGAAAGAAGACAUCGGACACACUCCUUUACCCGAGUAUAACCAUCCAGUGCCUGAUUUCCUCCUGAAGCCCUAUGAGUUUUUCCUCCAGAUGCUGACCAUGGAGAUACUUGAAGACAUUGUGUACCAGACGAACCUGUAUGCACGGCAGAAGGAUGUCAGUACCGCUUUCUCCCUUGACAUCCAGGACCUGAUGGUGUUUUUGGGCAUUAUCCUCUACAUGGGGGUAGUCCACAUUCCUUCCCUGGAUGACUAUUGGGCAGUCAACACCCGCAUCCCACAGGUGACCGACUACAUGUCCGCAAAGCGAUUUAAACAACUCAGAUCCACCAUUCACUUCAACAACAACGAUUAUGCCAAGGCUUCCACAGACCGCUUCUACAAGAUACGGCCUCUCUUCACAGGAAUAACAAAACAAUUUAUGCGGGUCAAGGAAACUCCCCAUCAGUCGGUUGAUGAAGUGAUGGUGGCACAAGGCACAAUGGCAGGGAAUCUUCGCCAGUACAUCGCAAACAAACCGGACAAGUUCGGCUACAAGUUAUUCUGCCGUGCGAGUAUCGAUGGUUUCAUCCACGAUGUCCUAAUGUAUCAGGGACAAACGAGCUUCAGCAGCCACCCUGUAGACCUGACUGAGGAGGAGGAAGAACAGCUACUGAGCAACAGGAUUGUGAUUGUCCUUGCCAAGACCAUCAAAGACCCCGCUAAUUCCGCCAUCUAUGCGGACAACUACUUCACGAGCAUCCAACUGGUUGAGUUCCUGAAAGACAAGCUCCAAUGCCGCUAUGUGGGGACUGCCAGACCCAACCGCAUUGGAAAUCCACCACUGAUGUCUAGGAAGGAAAUGGAGAAGAAGACCACUCCCAGGGGGAAGCACGAUUAUGUCUCCUGCAACGGGGUCCUUGCUAUGUGUCGGAAGGACAACAAACCAGUCACUAUCCUCUCUUCUGAUGCCGGGGUUCUUCCACUCUCCAAGGCCAAAAGGUGGGACAAGGAAUCCAAGAAAAAGGUCGACAUCCCAUGCCCAGCGGUCAUCAAGGAGUAUAAUGGUAAAAUGGGGGGCAUUGAUAAGUCCGACAUGCUCACCCAUCUCUACAAAUCUCCGAUGAAGGCUAGGUGGUAUUAUCUCAGGCUGUUCGGGUACAUCUUGGAUCUCUGCACCACUAAUGCCUGGAUCCUGUACAAGAGGGAUUCCAAAGCCCUGUCAGAGAAGCCCAUGCCCCUCAAAAACUUCCGCCUGGAGAUCAGUGCCUUUGCCCGUGGCUACAAAACCAGACCUGCCAGGUGCCUCCGCGAUACCCCUGAGAGUUUUGUCCGGCCAAAGAAGGGACAAAAUCCCACCGCCCAGCAGACAACCUUCGCUAUGACUACUCCAAAUUCCACUGCCCAGUGUUUGUCAAGCAACGGAUGA